AUGGCGUACCAAUUGGAGAACUGGUUUUUUGUGGUUCCGAGAGGCUUGGAGAAGAUGCUUGAUUAUCUAAAGCAAAGAUACAAUAACAAGCCCAUGUUUAUUACUGAAAACGGAUACUCUUCACCAACCCCACAGACUGAACUACAAGAUUGGAACAGGAUCAAGUUUCACAAAGCUUACAUGGCCUCUGUGGCCAGAGUAAUAAGUGGAUACACCACAGGAUUUGGUUUAUAUUAUGUUGAUCGAAAAACGCUGCACCGAACUCCAAAGCUUUCUGCAGGAUGGUUUGCUAGUUUCCUCAGAAACAAUAGUCACAACGACAGGGAAGAAAUUAGGGCAGCUUCAGGUCAUAACAAUAAUAUUAUAUUUAGCCAACUGGAUGCUAAAGUUGCUGAAAUGUAG